AUGGCCAGCCCAAAGGAGAGACGCAUCGCAAAGGAGCUGAUGGACAUCCAAGCCGACAGGGACAACUCCGGCGUCUUCGCGUACCCCAUCGACGAGUCCAACCUCCUCCACCUCAAGGGCUCGUUCCCCGCCCCUCCCGACACCCCCUACGCCGGCGGACAGUUCGAAGUCGACAUCAAAAUCCCCGACAACUACCCCUUCAAGUCCCCCAUCAUCAAGUUCGACACCAAGAUCUGGCACCCAAAUGUCAGCAGCCAAACCGGCGCCAUCUGUCUCGAUACUCUGGGCAGUGGCUGGUCUCCUGUUCAGACCAUCAAGACUGCCCUCCUCUCCCUCCGCAUGCUCCUCGAGUUCCCGAACCCCAAAGACCCCCAGGAUGCUGAGGUCGCCAAAAUGAUGCUUGAGAACCCUGAAGGUUUCGCAAAGAAGGCGCAUGAAUGGGCUGUGAAGCACGCUGGUGCCCCACCCAAAGACUUCGACACUACAAAGUGGAAGAAGGAGUCUGCAGCUGAGGCCAAGGCCAACGACGAGAACAGGUACAUGGGCUACAACAAGGAGCUUGUCGACCGCUUUGUCAACAUGGGAUUUGAGGUGGAUGCUGUUGUUGACGCCUUUAUCUUUGUGGGUAUUGACCGCAACAACGGCGCAGACUACGAGCUGGAGGAGGCUUAUAUGGGAGACAUCACUGCUCGUCUUCUGGGCGAGCAGUAA